AUAUCAAGCUUUGUCUCUCAAGCUCAAACAGGUGGAUGAGAGGAAGAACGAGAUACAAUGGCGACUCUCAACCUACCCAAACCUGUGAAAAGCUACGCCGAGGAAGACAUCCUGAGACCGAAAGUCAAUGGCACGUCGUCAAAUGGUAACGGAGGUGGAAAGGCGCACGAUGGUGAGGAUGGACAAGAUCAAGAGAUGGAGUUUAGACCACCGAGACCUAGUGAUAACCUCAAAGCUGGUAUCAUAUAUCCUCCAAAGGAAAUACGAGCCAUCGUGGACAAAACAGCCGCUGCGGUCAAUAAAUCACCCACUCCAUCUCAAUUAGAACAAAAAAUAAGAGACCUUCAAAAGACAGAUCCGAAAUUCUCUUUCCUCAACACGGAUGAUCCGUAUCAUCAAUAUUACCGAUUUAUGAGGGAGAAAUUAUUGGAAGAUGCUGAAGAUCAAGCGAGAGGUAUACAAGUUGCUACUCCUGUCACAGGGAAGAAAGAGGAGAAGAAAGAGGAGACUGCUUAUGAACCAAGAGCUUGGGAAUUUAAAGUUGAUUUACCCGGUGUCACAGCUAUGGAUCUGGACAUCCUUCGUCUCACAGCUUUAUUUCACGCUCGUAGAGGUCGUUCUUUUCUUUCAUCCCUUUCAAUGAGAGAAGGUCGUAAUUAUCAAUUCGACUUUCUUCGUCCUACUCAUUCUCUUUAUGGAUAUUACAAUCGUAUGGUAGAAUCUUAUCAAAAAAUUAUGCAACCACCACCUGGUCUAAUCGAAAGACUUGUAAAAGAAUCAGUCGAUUCCGAAAUCAAAUGGAAGACUCUUGAUGAAGCUCGUAAUCGUGCGGAAUGGGAACGCAGUCGUCGUAAACGUCAAGAUGAAGAAACUGCAAAAAGAGAAGAAGAAGUAAAAGCUUUUGCAGCUAUAGAUUGGCAAGAUUUCGUAGUUGUUGAAACUAUAGAAUUCACUCAGAAUGACAUGUCAUUGGAAUUACCUCCCCCGACAAGUGUGGACAAGUUGAGAUCGAUGAGUAUGGCAGAGAAGAGAAUGGCGAGUAUGGUGAUGGAAGAAACUGGUGCUGGUCCGACAGGUCCGACGGGAUUGAUACCUCCUGCUCAACAAGCUUUGGAGGUACAGAUGGCAGAGGAAGAAGCGGAGGAGGUUAGAUUACAGAGAUUGAAGGCGGAGCAGGAACAAGCGAGAGCGAGGGAGGUUCAAAGAGCUGCUAUGCAACAGAAAGGUGUUAAGAUCAAGACGGAUUAUGUGCCAAAAGGCAUCCAACGUCAAACCGAAAUCCUCAUGUCUAAAUGUCCCAAUUGUGGUCAACUCAUACCCGAAAACGAACUCACCGAACAUAUCCGUAUCGAACUACUCGAUCCUAAAUGGAAAGAACAAAAACGUGUAUUGGACAUGCGUAAAGCCCAAUCUCAACAAAUGCAACAAGGUACCGACGUUUCUGCAUCUUUAAGAAACUUGGCACAAGCACGUACGGAUCUAUUCGGAGAUGAAAUAGACGAAGCUGAACGUCGUAGAAGAGAAGAAGAAGAAAAACAGAAAAGAAGAGAAAGGGAGAAAAUCAUUUGGGAUGGACAUACGAACUCUGCUCAAAAAACCGAAUCUACCUUUCAAGAUAAAUUCACUUUGGAUGAACAAAUCAAACAGAUGCACACUAGGAUCGGUGUUGUUGAACGUACGGAUAAUGGACCAGGACCUCAAAUAGGACCUGGAGUUAUAUCACUUCCAGUUAAAGAAGUGGAGAAACAACAAGCUGAUUUACCAAUCAUACCGAAUCGUACAAAUUUACCUCCUGCUCUAGCUGCUUCUUUACCGAAAAUAGGUGGUGGGACAGCAUAUGAAGGUUCUACUAUUUCUGCGGAACCUACUGGACCCACUACGAAAGAAUAUUAUGAACCUAUUCCUUCUAAUUCCCCACUUCCUUCUUCUUCUUCAACAACUAUCACUUCAACUUCAGGUCCUUCUAUUCAUCCAUCAAGAUUAGCGGCAAUGUCAACAACAUCAACACAACCACAUGGUCAAAUACGUCAACGUGAAGAAGAUAUAUCCCAACAACAACAACAACAACAAUUCAAAAGACCUAGAAUUGAAAAACUUCCAAUGGGUCAAUAUUAUUCUGAAAUCGAUUGGAUGUCAUUACAUCCUGAACCUAUUUCUUUAUCUAUUCAAUUACCAAACAUGCCAGAAAAACCAGAAUGGAAAUUGAACGGAUCGAUAAUAACCAUAUCGGAUUUAUCAGUCAGUACUUUGGUUUCUACAUUGAGAGAAAGGAUCAAAAGAACUGUUGAUGCUGAAUUACCUAUAUCGAGGUUGAAGUUGGAUUAUGGAGGUAAAACUUUGAAUAAUGCUAGUACUUUGGCUAGUUUUAAUUUGGAUGAAGGUGAUUUGGUGGUGAUGAGUGUUAGGAAGAAGUAG